AUGUAUUCUCUGGAUUUUGUUGUAGAAGAAGCACUAGAAGAAAAUAUUGAAGAGGACUAUAAAAGUCUCAGCAGGAAUAUGGGAAUUCAGAGGAUUGAGAAAGACCAUGGAAAUGAAUGUCAUAAUGAGUGUGAUAAAAACCAGCAAGCUAGUCCAGAGUGUAUGAUCAAUAAAGACUUGCCUUCCAGAGUACUUGAAACUUCUCCUGAAGAGAAACCCAGGAAAAAACAAUGUAAAGAAGCCUGUAGGAGUCUGUGUUUAGAUCAGCCUCAGGAGAGAACUUAUACUGGAGAUAAACUCAAUGAGGAUAUCUUCAUGAGAUACACACAUAGACAGAAUGAUGAACAAAACCAUAAAGAAGUGGAACAACAUGUAUGUAGUCUCUGUGAAGAAUUCUUCAUUGAUUCCAGUGAGCUUACCAACCAAGAAAAAAGUCAUAUUGAAGAGGAAAGGUACAUUUGUAGGCAAUGUGGUAAAACACUUAAAUAUAAAACAUGUUUUGAGAAAGAAAAAGUCACUCACAAAGAAGACAAGCCAUAUACUUCUAUACAUUAUGGAAAAGCCUUCAUCCAGUUCAAUCAUCAUAACAGUCACGAAAGCUGUUACGUGGGACGAAAGCCUUAUGCCUGCAAGCACUGUGGAAAAAACUUCACCAGUUCUUCUUAUCGAAAACUUCAUGAAAGAAUUCACACUGGAGAGAAACCUUAUGCAUGUAAGCAUUGUGGAAAAGCCUUCUUGACUUCCAGUUCUUGUAAUUUUCAUGAAAGGAUGCACACGGCAGAGAGAAAUUAUACAUGCAAGCAUUGUGGAAAAAGCUUCACCAGUUCUUCUUAUCUAAACAUUCAUGAAAGAAUUCACACUGGAGAGAAACCUUAUGCAUGUAAGCAUUGUGGAAAAGCCUUCUUGACUUCCAGUUCUUGUAAUUUUCAUGAAAGGAUGCACACGGCAGAGAGAAAUUAUACAUGCAAGCAUUGUGGAAAAAGCUUCACCAGUUCUUCUUAUCGAAACAUUCAUGAAAGAAUUCACACUGGAGAGAAACCUUAUACAUGUAAGCAUUGUGGAAAAGCAUUUGCCACUUCCAGUGCUUGUCGUUAUCAUGAAAGAAUGCACACAGCAGAGAGGAAUUAUGCAUGCAAUCAUUGCGGAAAAGCCUUUUCCUGUCCCAAGAUUCUGAAAAGUCAUGAAAUAAUUCACACGGGAAAAACGCCUUAUGCAUGUAAGCAUUGUGGAAAAGCCUUCAACCACCCCAGUAAUUGUAACAGACAUGAGAGGAACCACACUGCAGAGAAACCUUAUGCCUGUAAGCACUGUGGAAAAAGCUUCACCAGUUCUUCUUAUCGAAACAUUCAUGAAAAUAUUCACACUGGAGAGAAACCUUAUGCAUGUAAGCAUUGUGGAAAAGCCUUCAACAAUCCCAGUAGUCGUAACAAACAUGAAAGUACGCACACUGCAGAGAAACCUUUUUCAUGUAGGCAUUGUGAAAAAGCCUAUACCAGUUUCAGUUCUUAUAAGACUCAUGAAAAGAGUUCACAUUAA